AUGAAGAAACCACCGGGCUACGAAGAUCCUACUCAUCCGGAACGUGUCUGUCACUUGCAACGGUCUCUCUAUGGCUUAAAGCAAGCCCCCCGUGCGUGGUUCAAGCGGCUUCACGACUUCUUGCUAUCUACAGGGUUUUCUUCGUCAAAAACAGAUGUCUCCCUCUUCUACCUCACUUCAGAGGGCUCGCAGGUCUUCGUCCUUGUCUAUGUGGAUGAAAUCAUUAUGAUGAGCAAUAACACUUCCCUUCUUGACACUCUACUUGAUCGUCUCGCGACUGUGUUUAAAAUUCGGGAUCUUGGCAAACCUGGCUUCUUCUUGGGGAUUGAAACUGUUGACACUACUGGUGGAAUGAUUCUGUCCCAGCGUCGCUACAUGACUGAUUUGUUGACUAGGGCUGGGAUGGUAGACUGCAAACCCCUGGCUACGCCUGCAUCGGUCGCUCAAUCGGCAACUCCGUCUGAUGAACUAUUUGAUAAUCCGACGCAGUAUCGACGCAUUGUUGGGGCACUACAGUAUCUCACUAUUACACGGCCCGAUUUAUCCUACUCCAUUAAUCAUCUAUGUUAG